ACUCAUUCACAAUUCAUAUAGCACCAUAAUAACAACCUCUUAAUUUUCUUAGUUGCACAACAAUGGAACUUCCCAUCAUGAUCAAAACAUUCUUCAUAUUAUUAUUAUUCAUUUCAUCAACCCAUGUUGGAGCAACAAGACUCUCCUCAAGCACAAACCUAAUAUUCAGAGAAUACAUUGGAGCUGAAUCCAACAACAUCAAGUUCUCAGAUGUUCCUAUAAACCCUAAUGUUGAAUUCCACUUCAUUCUCUCCUUCGGUAUCGACUACGACACAUCAUCUUCUCCUUCACCCACCAAUGGAAAAUUUAACAUCUUUUGGGACACAAAAAACCUUAACCCUUCUCAAGUUUCAUCCAUCAAGAGCCAAAAUCCAAAUGUUAAGGUAGCUCUUAGUCUAGGAGGUGACAGUGUUGAAGGUGGCUAUGCUUACUUCGAUCCAUCUUCGGUUGAAUCAUGGCUCUCUAACGCAGUUUCUUCGCUCACAAAAAUAAUCAAAGAGUACAACUUAGACGGGAUCGACAUUGACUACGAGCAUUUCAAAGGAAACCCUAAUACCUUUGCAGAGUGCAUUGGUAGGUUAAUCAAAACCCUAAAAGCAAAUGGAGUCAUCACUUUUGCUUCUAUUGCUCCUUUUGAUGAUGAUCAAGUUCAAAGUCACUACUUAGCCUUAUGGAAGAGUUAUGGACAUCUUAUAGAUUAUGUUAAUUUUCAAUUUUAUGCUUAUGAUAAAGGUACAAGUGUGUCCCAAUUUAUUGAUUACUUCAACAAACAAAGUUCAAAUUAUAAUGGUGGGAAGGUGUUGGUGAGCUUCCUUAGUGAUGGGAGUGGUGGAUUAUCUCCAAGUGAUGGAUUUUUUAAGGCAUGUCAGAGGUUGAAGAGUCAGCAGAAACUUCAUGGUAUCUUUGUUUGGUCUGCUGAUGAUUCCAUGGGAAAUGGAUUUCGUUUUGAGAAGCAAUCACAAGCACUUUUGGCUAUACAUUAGUCAAUUAAAUAUAUGGUAUAUGUAUUGAUGAAUUAUUUUAAAAUGUGUACUUAGUACUUAUGAUGAUACUUUGUUGUGUAAUAUAUCUGUGAAUUAAUAUGUAUACAUGUUUGAUAUAUAUCC